AUGUCUAACACACACCUACUUGUCUUGCUUCUUGUCUUGGUGGCUCUCACCACUGCCUCCAAUGCCGACUACCAGAAGCCACCAUCUCCUGUCUACAAUCCUCCUCCGGUGAGCAAGCCACCAACCCCAGUUUAUCAACCUCCUAAAGAAGAGCAGCCAAGCCCCGAGCACGAGCCACCAACUCUACCUCCCAAAACCAGCAAAUCACCACCGGUGGAGAAGGAACCCCCGGAGCACGAGCACAAGCACAAGCACAAACACAAGCCAUCAACACUGAAGUGCAAACCUACUACUCCUGAGGCAGAGAAGCCAGAAUCAAAACACAAAAAGCACCUGCCAUCGCCACCUUAUGGACACGGACACGGACACCCUCCACUGGAAAAUGGUCAAGAUCCUCACAAACCACCCUGGAAGGUUUUGCCUCCUCCAACACCAUACGGGAAGGGGCAGCCACCUAACUAG